ACUCACCGGUUUCGAUCGGAUGUCGUCUCCCCUGACCGGAUGGUGUCUGUGUAGAGGAAGUUUUGUUUUGCGAGUUUUCCGUCCGUUUCGACUGACUGAGUAUUUAGUUAAUUCACUUAAAGGAACACGAAAUGAUAUUACUGUGAAUUGCAUUACCGGUAACCACUCAAGUGUUCAAGAGGGAGUAAAAGCACGAGCUGUUUGAAGCGGCGGAACUCAACAGAGUAACCCGAGAGCACCUUGCUGCUAAGCUAACGUUACCUAGCUAGUUAGCGCGGCUAACGUUAGCCUCUGGUCUGCGUUGUGUUGAGGGGGCUCUCUGAGCUAACGAAGCCAUGGGGAACCGGGGCAUGGAAGACCUGAUUCCCCUGAUCAACAAGCUUCAAGACGCUUUCAGCUCAAUUGGCCAGAGUUGCAAUUUAGACCUUCCUCAGAUCGCUGUGGUCGGUGGACAGAGCGCUGGGAAAAGCUCAGUCUUGGAAAAUUUUGUUGGCAGGGACUUUCUUCCACGUGGAUCAGGCAUUGUUACCCGCAGACCUCUCAUUUUGCAGCUGGUCAACAAUAAAGCAGAAUAUGCUGAAUUCCUGCACUGCAAAGGGAAGAAGUUUGUGGAUUUUGAUGAAGUGCGGGCGGAAAUUGAGGCAGAGACAGACAGGAUAACAGGCUCCAACAAAGGCAUCUCUCCCAUCCCAAUUAACCUGAGAGUCUACUCCCCACACGUGCUGAACCUGACCCUGAUCGACCUUCCGGGAAUGACUAAGGUUGCAGUCGGAGACCAGCCCCCAGACAUCGAGCACCAAAUCAGGGACAUGCUCAUGCAGUUCAUCACCAAGGAGAGUUGCCUGAUCCUGGCCGUCACCCCGGCCAACACUGACCUGGCCAACUCAGAUGCUCUUAAGAUCGCCAAGGAGGUGGACCCACAGGGUCUGCGUACCAUUGGUGUUAUAACAAAACUGGACCUGAUGGAUGAAGGGACAGAUGCAAAGGACAUCUUUGAAAAUAAACUGCUGCCACUGCGCAGAGGCUACAUUGGUGUGGUGAAUCGCAGUCAGAAAGACAUUGAUGGGAAGAAGGACAUACGUGCUGCUCUGGCUGCAGAGAGGAAGUUUUUCCUCUCCCACCCUGCCUACAGACAUAUAGCAGAGCGCAUGGGCACGCCACAUCUACAAAAGACACUGAACCAGCAAUUGACCAACCACAUCAGAGACACCCUGCCUGGUCUGCGCAGUAAGUUGCAGAGUCAGCUCCUCUCCCUGGAGAAGGAGGUUGAGGAGUAUAAGAACUUCCGUCCAGAUGACCCAACACGCAAGACCAAGGCCCUGUUGCAGAUGGUGCAGCAGUUUGGUCUGGACUUUGAGAAGUGCAUUGAAGGCUCCGGGGACCAGGUGGACACAAACGAGCUUUCAGGUGGCGCCAAGAUCAACCGCAUUUUCCAUGAACGCUUCCCCUUUGAAUUGGUCAAGAUUGUGUUUGAUGAGAAGGAGCUAAGGCGAGAAAUCAGUCAUGCAAUCAAGAACGUCCAUGGUGUCAGAACGGGGCUGUUCACUCCAGACCUGGCAUUUGAGGCCAUCGUGAAAAAGCAGAUCGUUAAGCUGAAAACGCCCUGUCUCAAAUGUAUCGAUCUGGUCAUUCAGGAGCUCAUCAACACAGUCAGGCAGUGCACCAACAAGCUCAAUUCUUACCCCAGACUGAGAGAGGAGACCGAGAGGAUUGUCACCACCCACGUCAGAGAAAGAGAAGGGAAGACCAAGGACCAGGUUCUGCUGCUGAUUGACAUUGAGCUGUCCUACAUCAACACCAACCAUGAGGACUUCAUAGGCUUUGCUAACGCCCAGCAGAGGAACACAGCUACAAACAAGAAGAGGGCCAUACCCAACCAGGGUGAGAUUCUGGUGAUUAGGAAAGGCUGGCUAACCAUCAACAUCAGCAUCAUGAAGGGCGGCUCCAAGGAGUACUGGUUUGUCCUGACUGCUGAGUCCCUGUCCUGGUACAAAGAUGAGGAGGAAAAAGAAAAGAAGUAUAUGCUGCCUUUGGAUAACCUGAAAAUCAGAGAUGUGGAGAAAGGCUUUAUGUCCACAAAGCACAUCUUCGCAAUCUUCAACACUGAACAAAGGAACGUGUACAAAGAUCUUCGCCAGAUAGAACUGGCCUGUGAUUCUCAAGAGGAUGUGGACAGCUGGAAAGCAUCCUUCCUUAGGGCAGGAGUUUAUCCGGAGAAGGACCAGACGGAUAAUGAAGAGGCUGCUCCUGCAGACACAGUCUCUAUGGACCCUCAGUUGGAGCGACAGGUGGAAACCAUUCGCAACCUGGUGGAUUCAUACAUCGGCAUCAUCAACAAAUCCAUCAGAGACCUCGUGCCCAAGACCAUCAUGCAUCUCAUGAUCAACAGUGCAAAGGAUUUCAUCCACUCAGAGCUGCUGGCCUACCUCUACUCAUCUGGGGAUCAGGCCAGCCUCAUGGAGGAGUCAGCUGACCAGGCCCAGCGUAGAGACGAAAUGUUGCGCAUGUAUAAUGCACUCAAGGAGGCGCUGCACAUUAUUGGCGACAUCAGCGCCAAUACUAUCUCCACCCCAGUACCCCCACCCGUAAAUGACACCUGGAUCCAAGAAGCCAGCCCAACCCCUCAGCGUAGGCUGCCUCCUGCAGCAGCCCCGCCCCCCAGCCGUCCACCUACUGCUCGGGGCCCAACACCAGGACCACCCAUGAACCCUUCUCCUGCCUUCGCAGCUCCGCUCAACCCUUCUCCUGCGUUUGGUGCACCACCAAUCCCCUCUCGCCCAGGCCAACCCAUCAACGCCUACAACAGUAACCAGGAUCCCUUCAGUGCACCCCCACAGAUCCCCUCCCGGCCAGCCCGUGUCCCACCCGGUGUACCCAGCCGAAGACCCCCCGGCGCUCCUUCUCACCGGCCCACCAUUAUCCGCCCUGCUGAGCCCUCCCUGCUAGACUAGACCUGUGGCCAAGCCCACCUAUGUGUGUGUGUUUGUGUGUGAGUGUGUGUAUUUGCACACUACAGGACGGGGGCUCGAGGGGAGGGGCUGACUGAUAGCGGUGCAUGAUGUGCAUCGUCCAGCCGUAAUAAUGUCUAUUCAAGCAAUGUUAAUAAGCUGCUAAUACCGUCUUUAUCAGUGCACAUGAAAGAAAGGAAGCCCUUAACCACAGCUGAUCAGCGGGAUGCAUUAGCUUCUAUCAGUAGGAGACGAUGUAUCAAAUUCAAUCCAAGAGCUUUUUUUUUUUUUUUUCUUUUUAUUGUAAUGACUGUUUUUUUUUUUUUUUUCUCUGACAAGGUUCCUGGUAGAAGCCCCUUUAAAUAGCUUAAUAACUGUUACAGGCUGGCUUUCCUCUCCCCUCCCUCUACCUUUAUAGAUUGGCCUAGACGCCCAAGUCUAGAUCACUGUGUAAUAUACACACUUAAACCUGUUGUUAAUGUUUUACUGGGUUUUCAAUUCCUAACUGAUUUCAUACUGAAAAACAAUAGUUUAUUAUCACUGUUGUUAUUUUGGUGGUGUUAAUUACAAUAUUUUUCCUUGUGUUAUUUUAUUUGAGUGACUUUGUCCUUUUUAAUGACCGUCAUAAAUGUAGCUUUAAAAAGGAAAUCCUAAUCUCUGCAAAAACAACGCAUAAAAAAGACAGGGCAGGGCUGCAUGAGGACUGAGAGAGUAGCUUCAGCUCCCCCUCUGUAAAAAUAUCCUUCCACGAUGAAUAGAUGUCAGCCAGAUUGACCGUUAUCAUCCAAGCACUUCUAACCAUCUAGCCUUACAACAAGCCACUCAAAAUGGGGAUGUUGUAGUCCGUCAGCAGAACACUAUGCACAAAAACCCAGGAGAGGGAGAGAGACAGACUGAGGGGCUGUCUGCGCUUUGGGGGGAAGCUUUCUCUCCACUAAUUCCGAGUUGGUGAAGCCUUGAAUUUUAAUCCCUUUAGUCUCAAUUGAACCCCAAUGAGGCCUUCAGCCUUCGGGUAGACUUUGUUCAUUCCUGGAUUAGCUGAUUCAUAUAGAACGGAGCGCACAGUACAGUUUCCUCUCAGAGAGGAUAAAACUCAGUGAAGCGGUGGGGUGUGUCAGUGAGGACUGAUCUGUGAGUUAGAGUAUAAAGAUGGUAUUAGGCAUUGAGGAGUUAGCACAUCUUUUUCUGGGCUCAGUUGUCGAGGACAUUUAUUAUUGCUAUCAGUUCUGCUUCCACGCAUUAAAAAUAUCAUUGUAAAUAGCUGGCCUAUACAGGGGAAUUAGCACUUGUAUUUCAUUAAAUCGUAGGGGUGAUGACAAAAACAUGCUAUUGUUAUCGAAGCCCAACGUGGUAAAAUGCAAUUGUUGGUGAAAUUAAAAGAAGCACUAACACUGUCAUUUCAUUAGCUUUGUAGGGAAAAAGAAUGGUCAUCUCCUGAUGGAUAAUUUAUAACCUGGGCAUUUGUUAUUUCUUUUGAUGUUUUUGAGUACAAUUGUAUCAGCUCUGUGUAACAAUAUGCUACUCAGCCCCCCAGCUUCUACUGGACUGGUAAUUGGGGUUCUGCUACAGGGAUUAACUGUCUAGAUAUGUUUUAUGUUGGGAGGGCACUUGGGGCUGAGCAUACACAGCUGUGAUUAUUUGAUAAUGAAUAUCUUUUGAUUGCUCUUUGACCAAUUAAAACUAAUUUUUCUUGAACAUUUUUGGGGGUGUUUAGGGGAAAAACGGUCAGCCAGGGAGUGACCUUGGGUUACUUGAAUGUUUUCCGAUUUUUGGUUUGAUCAGUGGAGGUGGUGAAUGGGUGGUGAAGGUUCUGGUGUAUGAAGGCACAUCCUGUCUUGAGAAGCUGUCUAGACUGUUCUCCGUUGUCACCACAGAGGAUAGAAUUUUAAUUAGCCAACCUGACAAAACAAAGAAACUAUAAACCAUUAAAAAAUGUCCCAGACCUCAGACUCUUGAGACAGAAUGUGCUUUUUCUUCCCCUGUAUUUCUCUAUAGGUCUGGCUUUCAGUGACAGUGCCAGAAAGUAAAAUGUUCUUAGAAAACAGCCCCGAAUGUUUUAGAUCCUCCACAGACCCCUGGUACACAAAGUAGUUCAUGUGAUAAAAGUUCUUAUUGGCCAAUUCCCUUGUGCCUGUCACUUCAGCCUGCCCUUGAGAAACCCAGACUGUAAAUGCCCUGUAAUACAUUAGGUUGUACCCUGCCUCCUUCCUCUUUCCCUCCUGUCUGGAUCUGGUGGAAGGGGUUGGAAUCCAUCCUGCAAAAAUCUAUUUUCUUUUUGUUUUGGAACCCCUUGUCAAGUGCCUCUGUAGCAAUUAAUUGAUUUGAAUAAACAAAAUGAACUAAUUUAGAAUGGAGAGUAAAUAAAGAGGUGUUGUGUACAAUAAAGGGACUGGCUCUGGUGGUUGGUGUCUCCUUGUGUCCUUGUGUGAUCCUCUCUCGCUCACUCUCAGAUAACGUAGAGCUCCUCCUGAGUUUCCUCACCUCACUCGCCUCCCUCUGUACAUCUAAACCGAUGCAGACUGACAUAAACCAGCACAUGUUCCUAGGGCAACCCUCUACCUGCAGGUUGCCUGCUUGAGAGAGGCAUUACUUGAACUAUGUUCGCUGUCACUCAAUACAUGCAUUUCCACCAUAUGUUAAGCGAUGAACAAAAAAACCCCACUACCUCUUCAUAGUAAUAGUCGACUGUUGUUUGCUGUCCUUGUGUAUGUAUUGAUUAAAUCAUUUUCAGUGCCUAUAAAAAGAAUUCACCCACCUUGGAAGCUCUCGUGUUUUGCCUUGUAGC